AUGCCCCAUCCCUCGGUACCGGCUCCGUUCCCUGACCCCGCUCCGUGCCCGCAGGAGCCGGAGGGCAGCGGCAGGGACCGGGCAGUGGGAGCGCUGCUGGGGCUCCUGCUGUGCCUCGCCGUGGGGCUGGCCCUGGCCUGGCACCACCUCUGCCGGCUCUCGGGGGGCCGCUACCACCCCAGCCCUAUGGGGCGGAGGGCGAUGCAGCGGCUGCGGGAGCGGUGGCGGCGGCUGCGGCGUGAGGAGGAGGAGGAGGAGGAAGGGGACAAGGAGGAGGUGCGGAGGGAGCGGAGAACGGAGCCGGAGCCAGAGGAGGAGGUGGAGGAGGAAGAGGCCGAAGCAGCCGUGGGAGCCGGGGAGAGCCCCCCAAGUGUGGGGCAGGCGGCGGGGGGCAGCGCUGAGGCUCUGCUCAGUGAGAUCCAUGCGUUCUCGGGGACGGCGGCGUGGGGGGAGCCGCAGCCCAGCGGCACUGCUCUGUGACACCCCAAUGCACUGAUACCCCAAUACAGUGAUACCCCAAUACUCUGAUACGCCAAUACUCUGAUACCCAAUACUCUGAUACCCCAAUACUCUGUGUCACCCCAGCACCCUGUGACACCCCUUGUGUCCUGUGA